GUGCCAGCGAUAUCGAGCGGUUCCUGGCUGCCUUCUACACCCAGAGAGAUGCCGUCGUGGAGGCUGCACGGAAGCUGCUCUCCGACGAGCAGGCCCCCAGGAGGCAGAAGCUGCUGGUAGAUCUCAUCCACAACCUGAAUGAAAACAUCCUGGCUGAGGACAAGGAAGACGACAAGAAAUGGUUUGAAGGUCUAGAGUCUCGUUUUAAGAACAAAUCAAGCUACAUGCGAUACAGUUGUGAAAACAGAAUACGAAGCUAUAUGAAAGAGGUUAGUAGUUUUAUUUCAAAUGUUCAUCCUACAGCAAGAGAUGCAUAUAAAAAGAUAAUUGAUCUGAUGUCAGAUAAACUGAAAUCUGUGAAAUACAACGGAUGCUACUUUGACAGAAGAGAGGAGGAGGCAGUCCGCCUGUGUACUACGGAGGGAUGGUUCUCUUGUCAGGGACCUUUUGACAGAGAUGACUGCCCAUGUAAGCAUUCUAUCAACCCCUACAGUAACAGGGAAAGCAGAAUCCUCUUCAGUACCUGGAAUCUCGAUCACAUAAUAGAGAAGAAACGUGCUGUUGUCCCAGAACUGGCAGAAGCUGUCAAAACACGAGAUGGAAGAGAAGUGAACUGGGAAUACUUCUAUCAGCUGCUGUUUACCGUGGAUAAUUUAAAACUUGUACAUAUUGCUUGCCAUAAGAAAACUAAUCAUAAUCUCAGCUGUGACAAAAGUAGAAUUUACAGAAAAAGGAAGCAAAACCACAAGAUUUCAUAG